AACAACGAAGGCGAAGCCAAAACGCCCAGAAAAAAAAAAACCACACGAUUUUUUUUCCAAAAGAUUUAGUGAGCAAAAGAAACGGAAAUGGAGCAGCAUCCCGGAGGCAAGAAGUCGAACAAGAUCACCGAGAUCGUGCGGCUGCAGCAGAUGCUCAAGAAGUGGCGCAAGCUCUCCGUCGCGCCGAAAGACGCGGCCGCCGGCGCCGGCGGCAAUGGCGGCGGCGGGGGCGGCGCCGGAGGAGGAGGCAACGCGGGCGAGAGCAAGGCGAAGAAGUUCCUGAAGCGGACGCUGUCGUUCACGGACAGCGGGCCGUCGUCGGGGUGCGGCGGGUCGCCGUCGUCGGGGACGCCGCCGAGGGGGCACCUGGCGGUGUGCGUGGGCCCGUCGAUGCAGCGGUUCGUGAUCCCGACGGAGUACCUCAAGCACCGGGCUUUCGCGGCGCUGCUCCGGGAGGCCGAGGAGGAGUUCGGGUUCCAGCAGGAGGGCGUGCUCCGCAUCCCCUGCGAGGUGCCCGCCUUCGAGGCCAUCCUCAAGGCCGUCGAGAAGAACAAGAAGGACGCCGCCGCCCUCUGCUACUGCAGCUACGAGUACGCCGCCGACGAGGUCGCCCUCGGCACGCCCAACAACCCGCUGUGCAGAUGAGCGAAAACGACGGGUCGCCGGGAACGGAGGUCGAGAAGAACGUAGUAGCUACUGAUUUUUAAUUAGCAAUGGCUAUCCCUCCAAAAAAAAAAAA